AUGGAAUCCUUGAAUGCACGAUGCUUCUAUAUUCAAGUUUUAAUUUCUACCAUUGCCACCUUUCUCUUAGUGGCUAGUGCCAGGGUGAAUCAUCACAUUGUUGAUCGUGAUGGAUACCCUUCAUGGUUAUCUACCAGUGAUCGGAUAGUAGUAUCUCAGCUUCAGAGUGGAGGUAUGCAACCAAAUGCCAUUGUGGCUAAUGAUGGCAGUGGCCAAUAUACCACGGUCACUGACGGCAUCAACUCAUACCCUACGAAUUUCCAAGGUACAUACAUUAUCUACGUUAAGGCCGGAAUCUACCAAGAGUAUGUGACCGUUGAUCAGAGCAAACAUAACAUUCUCUUGUAUGGCGAUGGACCUACCAAAACCAUAAUCACCGGAAACAAGAACAAGAACCAAGGACUCUCAAUGCCGGAAACUGCCACAUUCACCACCUUUGCUGAAAAUUUCACCGCCAAGUACAUUAAAAUUGAGAAUACAGCGGAUGCAACAGGUGAGCAAGCGGUAGCUAUACGAGUUGUAGGUGAUCGAUCAGCGUUUUAUAAUUGUGCCUUUCGCAGUCAUCAAGAUACAUUGUUUGUGGACAAUGGCCGUCAGUUCUACCGUGACUGUGAGAUUUCCGGAACGAUUGACUUCAUAUAUGGUCGUUCUAGUACUUUAAUACAGAACUCUCAGAUUUUGGUGAGAAAGCCCCUUGAAGGACAAAGCAAUGUUGUGGUGGCUGAUGGCACUUCUGCAUACAGCAGGUUCACAACUGGUAUAGUCUUGCAAAACUGCUCUAUAUUGCCAGAUAAUGAGUUCAAGCCUUAUCUGCACACCACAAAAACUUACUUAGCAAGACCAUGGGGUCAAUUUUCAACCGCAGUUUUCCUUGAAAACUAUAUUGCUGAUUUUAUUCAAAUGGAUGGAUAUCUGAUUUGGAGUAAAGAUCAACCAAACAUUGAAAACCCUUACUUUGCUGAGUUUGGCAACACUGGACCUGGUGCCAAUGCCACAGCAAGAGUUAGUUGGGCUAAAGGUCUAAUCAGCAAGAAGGCGGCUUCUAUAUUCACAGCGGAACAGUUCAUUCAUGCUAGAACUUGGUUGCCCGCCACCGGCAUUCCCUAUGAUCAUGGAUUGAAAUCAACUUAA